CACGUGAUCGAUGCAGUAUUUCAUUCGCUGACUCAGAUUUAGGCGGUUUCCCAUCGUAGAGCCUGGCGUGACGCUGAAUGGCGACUUCAAACGUGGCUGCUCGCCAACCUGUUGAGCUGACGAAACUACAGCAACAGAGACCUCACGAACUCGACCAGACGGAGUCUUACGUGUGGCACAGGAAAACCGUUCUAGGCAAGGGCUCGUUUGGAAAGGUGUACCGAGGAUGGGACAAGCGAACGUAUGAGGAAGUUGCUGUGAAACUGAUUCGUCGAGAGCAUUAUGCAAAUGAUGCCAAAGUGAGAGAGAAUAUCCAACGUGAAAUUGAGAUUCAGGGCAAGCUUAAGGACUGUGUCAAUGUACUUCGUCUUUAUCAUCAAGAGAAAGUACGAGAUGGAUGUCUGCUGGUCACAGAGCUGUGUGACAUGGAUCUCCAGGCAUACAUAAAGCAGCACAAUGGACUGACAGAGGCAGCUGUACGCGACUUCUUACAACAGAUAUCUAUGGGAUUGAAAACAAUGUUCGAAAGAGGUAUCGCUCACAGAGACUUGAAACCCGGGAAUAUUCUCUUGAAGAUUGAUCCAGUCACAGGCCGUCGUGUCGUGAAGCUUGCUGAUUUUGGGUUUGCUCGUACGUAUUUGAGUGAAGACGAGAAGACGAAGAUGAUUAUGACGUCUCUGGCUGGGACUCCUGUGUUUAUGGCUCCAGAAGCAUUAGAGUGCGUCUUCCAUGCCGGAAAGAGCUACACCGAGAACGUGGAUCUAUGGAGCGUCGGUGCUCUCCUUUUCAACUGUCUGGUUGGCAAGCCGGGCUUCUAUGCGACAUUGAACAACAUUUUACCGAUAUUGAAGAGUAAAGGCGCCGCAAUAGCAUUUGAAACAGUGGGAGGGCGUGUGCAUUAUAUAUACGAACUACCGGCGAUUGUCAACUCUCGUCUUACCAAGUCGUUUAAGGCUAAGAUGGAGGAGUUGUUGCGUCGGUUGUUGGUUGUGGAUUCGUCCAAGAGGAUGAAUCAUCAUGAGUUUUUUGCGUUUGUUGCUCAGUUGAGUGUUCCGAAGUUUACCGUGUUUCAUGUUGGACCGGGCAAGAAGUGUGAGGUCAAUGCAGAGGAAUAUGCGAGCUGCAGAGAUUUGGCUGGAAGGAUCACCAAUGAAUUUAACAUUGCACGUGAUCGUAUCGUGGGUAUGAUCGAAGGAUCACAAGAAAUGCUCGAUCUGACUUCAUCAGAAAGUCUUCCUGCAUCUCUCACAAAGAAAGAACCUCCAAGUAUUCUGUAUGUUGUCGAUGAGUCUCUUCUUGAGUCGUCACAAGAACCAACGUUCAACAGCAUUGCUUUACAACGUUUAAGAGCAGUCACUGGUAAUCAAGCAGAGAGAGCCAAGUUGUCCUGGAACUCUGGAUUCAUCCCAUUGUGUGAGAAAGUGCUGCAAGAGCUAACAGUAUGGCUAGGCCUUCAAAACAAGGGCCUGAACUGCUAUAGACGAUUGCUGGAGCGAGAUUGUAAUGAGGUGGGGACGGCUAAAUUGAGACUCCAGGAAAUUACUGGCCAAUAUGAAGUUUGCAUGGCUAUGGUAUUGAAGAGUUGGGAGAAUGAUGUGGAACUGCUGACUAACCUUAAUGGCCUUCAACAUGUUAACAAAGCAGAUAUUGAAGACUGCCUCAAACAGUUAAACGAACUUAAAACAGAGCACAUCUCUGAGUUGAAGCAGUUGAUUUCAAAAUGUCAGGACACGAUCAAAAACUCAAGUGAAGAGCUUCAAGUCGCCAUCGAAGUCAAUUUUAGAGCAACUGUUGCAGAGUUGAAGCAAUUGGUUGACAGGCUGCAAUCUGAAACGGGAGAUUCAGCUAUUGCUAGGGCAAUAACGUUUGCAAAGAAUGGUGAGAAGUGUUUUGCGAGUGAAGUGCAUGCUUUGCAUUCUAAGAUGAGAAAUCUGUACAUGCAAAGACGUGGCAGCAUGUUUAUUCUCACUGAGUGUGAAAUUGUUGAAGAGAAGAGGAUCAAGAAAGCCGACAAGCGACUGUCUGCUUUGCAGCAUUCGUUUCGGUUGGCAGUGUACCCGUCUCUAGUGCAAGGAGCUGGCAAUGCAAACUCGAAUGUUGACGCUUUGCUGCAGAAGAGUCAGGAAUUAGAAGACACAAAAAAGAGAAUAGAGGAAGCGGAGAACCUUAAUAGCAGGAUGCUCAGUAAAGUCGACAAACGAGAUCGCCAAUACCAAGAGAAAGAGACCGAAUGCCAAGAACUCAAAGGACAAAUACAAGAACUACAAGAGCGUCAACAACAACUGCAAGAACGUCUUCAAAAGUUGGAGGACGAAUGCACUGCUCUGCAGGAUGUGGUUAGCAAGACUGCUGCUGCUGAUUCUCUUGCAACAGUAGAUUGGUGCAAAAUAGAGCCUGGAGAUGUCAGUAUGAAAGCAUGUGAUACAAUAACAGAUGCGACGUUGAUUGGAACGAAUGCUCAGGCGGGUGGUGAGUCCCUAGAUGCUCUCGUCGUGUUGUCAACAGGCAAUUUAGAUCAGACGAAGAGUCCAGUGGAUGAACAAGAUGUGAAGAAGAUGGAGGAGUCGGUGGGGUUUGCUGCUGGUAGUUUGGAAGGGCAGCCGAGUGUGAUUCCACGGCAGCUGGCGGAUGGGGGAGCCUCAGUGACGUCUUUAGUUAGUCAAAGUUUCUCCGGUCUGAAUGUGCCGCUCGGUGAUCUCAAGUUGGCCUGUCAGUGUUUGGCAGUUGCAACGAAUUUCUAUAGAAAUUCUGCGAGGACUCUCAGAGCCAAAGGUGUCGACCCACUGACACGUCAUUUGUCUAGUGCUAGCGUCUCAUCUGCAGUUUCUGACAUUAGCGAUAUGGAGACCUCUCGCAGUGGUGAGCUGGCCAGAUCACCAGACAUGCCAUAUCGUCCAUGGCCGAUGCCCGAGGACGAGCCUCUUCUCAGUAUGUUUGAUGUUUCGUUCUCGGAAGGCACCGACUUUGGCACGGAGUUGAGGAAGCUAACAGACAUCGUUCAGUCGUUUAAUGUGUCGUCUCUGUAUGAAGCUAUUAAAGCAACAGAUAGCAAGCUGAGUGUGAUUGACUUUGCCGUUAAUGACUUGGCUCUCUUUUGGCCAACCAGUGAUCCGAUGGUUUUUAAAAUCGUGACAACGUCUGAUCGGAAGAUCUUUCUUGCUCAAGCGAGCAGUAGAAAGCUGUCAUCGAGGGACAAGGGUGUUACACUAAUGUGUAGGCUAAUUAAAGUCCCGGUUGCUCACAUUGCUAAGGACGGCAACAAAUACAAGUUGGCAGGUGGGACGUAUUAUCACACCGUUGUCGCCGAUGUGGUGGCUCGAAUAUCAUGAAGGCUGCUCUUUAGUCUGGUAGAUCUGUCGAUCUCGUUUGUAACAUUUUAGUGUGGGAUUGCAAUGAUUAAAUUUUAUAUCGUUACUUUUGUGGGGAUGGCGUUGUGAGGGAAAUUAAAUGGGACAAAGUGUAUGAUGUUUUGUCGUUGCAAAUGUGUUUACAUUUAUUUGUGAUGUUUCUGUGGUUGACUUUGUGUAAUUAUUACUUUUGAUAUGUGGCAGUGCGAGUAUGCACUGACACCUUUUAGCUUUAUAAUGGUAGAGACAAUAUGCUGGCUAUUGGGGUCAAGUCGAUAAGCAGCUCUGAACAUUUGUUUGUCUUUCUUAGUAGUUGGUUUUUGUUUGGUCACGUGACUUA